AUGGAAAAGCAAAAGCAGGCGGCAGAAACAGGGGAGACUCUGUACACAGCCAUGGACGAUAGAAUAUCCCAACUGCCAAUACCUAUACUUCACCACAUUCUCUGUUUCCUCUCCCAGAAAGAAGCGGUAAGAACAUGUCUCCUCUCCAAACAAUGGCGCCACAUAGGAACAACCCGCCCCAACCUCGACUUCUCCGAAUUAUGGUUCGACACACAAGAAAAGUUUGUCUCGGUCGUCGACCGAACCCUACAAGGAUACCGUGAUCAAAACCUCUCUAUACACAAAGUCCAUCUCGACAUAUCGAGGCCCCAACUAGCCGUCUCCCUUCUCGACAAAUGGAUCCCGACGAUACCUGCCCUCAAACUCGAGUUUCCUUCAUAUAGUUGGUCAUAUUGCAUCCUGCCCUCGGCAGUCUUCUUAGCCGAGUCCCUCGAAGAACUACACCUGUUCAUGUGCAGGGUGAGCCCAGUCGAGAGCGUGCGAUCCAAACGUUUGCGCACGCUCACCCUCGAAUGGGUCCUCAUUAAUGACGGUACUAUUGAGAACAUAAUGUUGGGCUGCCCUAUGCUCGAGCGGAUGGCCCUUUUUAGUUGUCAGGAGUUAAGAAACGUUAGACUGGUGAGCGAGGGAGCUUCCCGUGGGCUCAAGCACUUUGAAUUGGAUGAUUUCAAAGGGGGUAGCAUCGAAAUUGAUGUCCCAAAUCUCGAGACGGUCCGCAUCAAGGGCCCAUGGAUUUGGUCUAACCGCCAAAGCGCAUUAUUGUUCUCUCGUCUCACGAGUUUGGAUCUCAAUGAGGUGAUCCUGUCGAGCGAGUCGUUUGACAUGUUAUCGUUCAGCUGCCCUACUCUUGAGAGCUUGACCCUAAAUAAUUGCUCUGGUUUCAGGGAAUUCCAUCUUGCAAGUGAUUCGGUCAAGUGGUUGACCAUCUCGACAAGAAGAACACCCCUUAAAGGAGUUACCAUUUGUGCCCCCAACAUUGUCCAUUUUGAAUUCACUGCCCGUAUUCCCCAGGUGCCGGACACAUUCUCCUUCACGACCACUACUUCCAAGGAGUGGGAUUCAAAUGUAAUAUUCCAUUCGUGUGAAGAUGAUCCCGAUUUCGACGUCAAUUGGUGGUUCCUUAAGCUGAGACGAAUGCUCAAGGCACUAAGUGGGUCUCAAAUUUCUGUGAUUCUGCGGAUGAAUGGCGGCCCUCAGAACUUGCCCUGUAGUAGUGCUGUUGUCGGUGACGAGCCGCCUGUGGCUGUGAGGGACUUGAAUUUUGAUUCUUGUAAAUGGCGCACAGCGUCUUGGUAUAUGGGGUUUAUGAAUGGCUUGUUCCGUGUUUGUCGACCGAGUCACGUAUGUGGUUGUUGGUUCGUGGACAAGUCGGCCGGAAAAUACAGGCUCUCCGCGUUUCAGUUAAACAUCUUGCUUGCAGACAAGAAAGUCAGGACGGAGCCAUACUUUUGGAGGCACGAUUUGGAGCAAGUGUUUGUAGAAACUCUCGACGGGCAACAAUGGCAGCUCAUGCAGUGGACGAAACCGGGGAACUUGCGAAAACGAAAGCAAGACGGGAUUAUUCGCCUUAGAUUGAAAUGGAGAUGUUAG